GUCCAGUGUUCGCUUUGGGUUACGCGAGAGAAACCGGUUUUCCUGGGGGACCGCACUGCUGUUGGCCCUGCCGCGAAACUGCGAGCGGGCUGUGUGGAGCCGAGAAUAUCGGUGAAAUCGGCGCUGACUUCUCUUUCGCCUGCCCCUUUCGCCUUUGUUUUCACUGCGGCGUACUUGCGCCUGUGCGUGUGUGUGUGUGUAAGAGUGUACGCGGUGUCUGUUUAUAUACGCGGAUCGGCGCGACGCCCUGGUGACUUUGUAGUGAGAUCUCUUCUGUAUCGCGGCGCCGUGGAUUGCGUCCGUUCGCGCAGGGACGAUACCCCGCGCGGUGCUUCCCUAGCUGACCACCGGAAGCCGAGCUUUUUUUCGCCGAAGAACCCAUCGUUCGUCGCCUUGCUCUUGGACGGGGCGUUUCUUCUUCUAGCGGUGGCGGCGGCGUGCAGGACGGAGUGACUCACUCAGCUGUUGACGCCGCUCCGGAUAGUUCGGGAGACACCGUAAGCCCAAGCGGAGAACAAGCAUGGAGGUCGUGAUCACAAAGCUCCACUACAUCCCGUAUUUCGGUGCCUUCGUUGGCGUGGUUGGUAUUAUGACGAGCUACGCCAUAGCCGUCAGCAAAGGCGACGUUGAUCCGUGGCUACCGUACAUCAGUGAUGCCGGUGGUGACCCUCCGCAGAGCAGCAUCUUCUCUUUUUCCAUGAUCCUGGUGUCACUAUGCUUCCUGGUCGGCUGCUGCAUAUGCUUCAUGAUCAUCACGGUGCUGAACGCAUCGCAAGACGGCAUCGUUAAAUGGCUGAGUCGCCUGAUCCCGCUGGCCGGAGCUGGGGUCUCGGCAGGAAUGGUGCUGCUGGCCAUAAACCCCGUGGGUCACUUGCGUAGAGAUGGCAGCUGGCUGCUUCCCAUCUUCGUGCCACACAUAAUCGGGGCCGUGGGCAUGUUCGCCAGUGGCAUCAGCCUCAUGUGGAUCCUCGCCUUGUGCAACUACUUCCUCGACUACGGCGCCUGGAAGACCUCCUUCUACGCGCGGUGCCUUAUUGCCAUCGUUGGAGUCAUUUCGGGAGUGAUGACUAUCAGCUACUGCCCGAUAAGCCAAGCGGAGCAUUUGGGACCACUUCCAAACAGUCCCCGAAUGUAUCCCGACGGCAUCGUAGUCAGCACGAUUUCGGAGUGGGUGGUCGUCCUCACUUUCAUGGCGUUCACCGUGUCGUUCGCUGCCGAGUUCCGAAAGUUCAAGCUGAGGCUCAACCUGGAGUACAUCACGGAGCCCCACUCGAGCCGCGAGCAGCUGAAGACGCCAGCUGAGAGCCUCGGUGAAACGAGUCUCAAGGAAGAGUCGCCGACGUCGCAGUAGUGAACGAGUGCUCGCUUUUGCCUCUAGUCAGCACGCUGGCCAUCUGCACUCUGUGUUCGAAAGUUCGCGAACGCAGCGUUCAGCGAGGCGCCACCGUGGUGAUAAACUAUCCUUUAGUACGGAAACGGAGUGGGGGUGAAACGUUCGCCAAUUGUGAUAUCUACAAUGGCUCAAGGGUGUAGUGUGUCUGAACGUCUGUAUUGGUUUCGCACUAUUGCGAAACGUUUCCGAGGUGUUUACCUUCGUGCUAGCGUGUCUGACUUAGUGUUCUACAAAACAUCGCUUCAACCUUCUUCGUCCUUGUGAGCACGCCAGAUCCUCGGUGCCGUUGAGAUGACUGAGUGCUUUUUAGGAAAACAUUAUUUUAUAUGUUCUCCACUGUUCGUCAUAUGAUUCUAAGCACAGGCACACUAACAAAAAGCUGAUUUGAUUUGUCAUAUUUAUUCUUGCAGCAUGAACAUAUCUUCUUACAAGACACGUCUAUCGACGGAAAAUCUAGACCCAUCCGUCGUGACGAAGCUUAACGGCACUUAUUUUGCUAAUUGAUUUAAUUUCACUAACUGUUCUGUACUGCCAACCAGAAGUGACGGAAAAAGAAAUAUUGUCAGUUUUACCCGAAGGCGACGCAGUGAAAGUGAUAGAAUGGUUUAGGGUUGCACUGAAGGCGCCUCAGGAGGUUGGCGCGAUGAGCGUGCGAGGAGCGUGGCAGGUAUUAGUUGCAGGUUGAAUUUCUCGAUGCCGCACGAGAUGGGAUUAACGGUAAAACACACAGAUGCCGCUCGGCACUGUCGGCGCUCCCGGCGCGUUCCAGUUUGACCUUGGCUAAGCUUGAAGGUCAAAUUUGCGGAAACAGGCGUUUUUCCGUAUUUGUACGUGGAGUAGUAGAUGCUAUGAGGUUUGUUUACGCGGAGCCAUUUUGUCAUACCUGUGAUAAAGGCGAGAACUGCAGUAUUGUUUUUUGUUGUUGUUGUUGUUGUUAUUCAUUACACUGUUGACUUCGUUUUUCCAAGCGAAUGUAACAGUAAAAAGUGAAUGCCUCGA